UGUGUGUGUAUAUCCUAGGCCGGUAGGGUGGUAGCCUAGAAGGUGGCAUGAUAUAUUAGCUGCGUCUCGUUUCUAAAUCGCAGCCAGAGCCCGGUCAGAUUAGAGAGUGAGCUCGCCUCUAAUCCGUCGCAUUCGAAGCACAGCUUCGCCUCAUCACUGGUGUGUGUGUGCAUGUGCUUGGUUUCGUUUCUUUUUCCUUGUGUGCGUGCGUGUGUGUGUGUAUUUCGGUGUGCCUGGCUUUUUGUACUAUAGGCCAUAGACUCACGACAUUGGCCACUGCCUAUAUCGGAGGCCAUACGUAUUCCAGUGACUUGUCGGGCUUUAACUCGUACAAGCAGUUCUCAGACUGUCCUGUGCCGAUCUCGAAUCCACUUUACGAAAAGCCGCAACUGAUUUCAUUUGGCAAGAGCAGCUUUUCAAACUUUCUUCCUUUGACUGUGACACUGAACUUGCACGGACGAUUGAACUUCACUGUUUCCAUCGUCUUGCUGCUGCUAGCUCUUGUUUCUUCUUGCUGUUGGUAUUGGCGUUGGCCAAGUUGGCGAGUCAUUUCGACGUCGACGCAACAAGCUCCUCCCAUUUGCUUGCCUCUUGUCCGUUCAUCCGACAGGCUCUAGCGAACUAGUGACUCUUCCAUAUCGUAUAGCUAUACUGUUGACUGCCGCUUCAGUUACUACAACACUCUUUGGCUGCCUGACCGUCAACGCACAAUCCAGCUUAAUUCCAACCGUGAGGGGGAGCUUUGUGGUUUAGUUGAACCCGAGAUUCCGACCCAAAGAUCCACCGAAAAGCUUUUCGAGGGUCUUAUUUCUAAAGUCCUUCUUGAUCGGCAUUGAAUUGCUGCUGCGUGCUUUUACAUCACCACUCUUCAAUCCCGACGACCAUAACACCCCAAGCAAAACAGGACAGAAAACAAAACAAACGUGUAAUUCUUCCUCCUUUUGCAAAAAAAAACAAACAAAAGGAAAAGAAAAAGGAAGUUUUCUACUUUCUACAAGUGUGGUUUUUUUUUCGUCUUCUUCUUUUCUUUCGCCUUUGAAAGCGACUGCGUCGUGAUGGAACUUGCCAAUAAUUCUUCCAACAGCGGCGGCGGUAACUUGACAUCCGAUCAGUCGCUGUGCUUACAAGAUUUGGUGGCCGGAGUCGGUGGUGGCGGAUCGGUGGAUCAUCACCGAUCCAUCCCGGUCUCAUACGCCCAACACGCACCGGCUCAUCAUCACCACCACCAGCUGAGCCAUCAUCAUCACCUGCAGAGUAUCCAGCACCAUCAUCAUCAAUUGCAUCAUCACCACCUGACGGGUGCUGGCGUCCACCAGGGCGGCGAAUCAUCGCUGGAUCUUAAUCAACAUCAUGUUUUGAAUUCUAAUCACCAUCACGCGGCCCGCCAUCUCUCGGCUGCAAUGAACGGCGCCGAUGUAUCUUCGUUUAUGACGUCGACUUCAUCGUCGCCGUUCUUGUCGGCAGGCACUGGACACCACCACCAUCCUCACCACCCUCAGCAUCUGAUGGGAUCGAUGGCGACGGCGGUGGCCGUGGCGGCAGCGGCCACUGCUAACGCCAGCAAUAAUCAUUCCCGAAGGCCCAUACACAGUGGAGCUCUAGGAGGUCCUGUACCGACCACCGCAUCUGGAUCGUCCAUCGACAAAAUCAAACGAGAGGCCGAUAAGAAUGGCAGUUCGUCAGUUUUGCAACACCCGCACCAUCAUCACCAGCAGCCGCCACAACAACAGCAACCCUCGCACUUGGUGGCUGAUUCCAACGAGCAAACAGCAGUGGCUUCGGGAACUGAGGAAACGGAUAAGGAUGGCCGGAAGAAGCGCCAAAGACGACAGAGGACUCACUUCACUUCGCAGCAACUGCAAGAGCUUGAAGCCACUUUCACUCGCAAUCGCUAUCCCGACAUGAGCACUCGUGAAGAGAUCGCCAUGUGGACGAAUUUGACUGAGCCUAGAGUCAGGGUAUGGUUCAAAAAUCGACGCGCAAAAUGGAGGAAACGGGAACGCAACGCAAUGAACGCGGCGGCUGCUGCGGCCGCUGAUUUCAAGUCGUCGUUCACUCCGCAAUUCAACGGCCUGAUGCAACCGUUUGGAGCCGCGGCGGCUGCAGCCGACGAGGCGGCGCUAUACGCUGCUGGAUAUGCCCCGCCGACUUACAACGGUUGGGCUGGAAAAGUGCCCAGUCCACUAGCCGGUACAGCCAAAAAUUUUCCAUGGGGACUUAACUCGGUAAACAUGUCGCCACUUAGUGCGGCCGGCUUCAAUCCCGUCGCUCCCGUCAGUCAAAUGGUCAACAGUAGCGCCAUCGGAAUGUCGACAAUGGCCACCAUGUCUAACUCUCUGGGUAUGGCGAGUCAAGCGGCUGGACCUUGUAUGCAGCAUUACGCUAGUCCACCCAAUCAUUACGCAUCUUACCGCGACCAGUGCGGACCUCCACCGCCUCCUCCGCCAUCAGUGACGCCAUCAGCUGUUGUUCCUACAUCGAUCAGUUCAGCCGCUUUACGUUUCAAUAGCAGCAAGUCAAAUAAUAACGGCGCCACCAAAACGAGCAGUGGCAGCAGCUCUAGUAGCAGCACUAGCAGCGGUAGUAGCAAUAGCUCAUCCGGUCUACUUUCUGGCUAUGGCCAGCAACCGGGCAGUCCGCGCUCUAACGCCGCGCUAGCUGCGUGCCAAUAUGCAGGCGCUGAUCGCUCACCUGUCUAAUAAUUCUUAUUCUUAAAAGUCAGCAGGCAUUAUUUGUAAUGGCUCGAAAAAGACGAAUAACGAUUUCUUAAUUAGACAUAAUUAAACAAACAAAAAAUCAAGGCCCAUUUCAUUCUUUAUUUUACAUGGAAUACAGAACUGAAGUUUCUUGGCCAAUCAAUAAAUUUGACGAUGUAAAUAUGUAGCACGUCGGUCUACGCAAUUUCUCCCCCUCGUCACCUGCGUUUGAUAUUGUUUUCUUUCUUGGGAAAUGCCAUGCAAUCUGUUGUGAUUCGUGAGUGACACGGUUUCAUCGUGCAAUUUCAAUCCCGUGCAACUGAAUGUCUAUACCGUAUACAUAAAUUUUAAUUUGUCCUAAUCAUUAUGGCUAUAUUUGGCUGGAGUCUUGUCACCCAUUUUGUUUUGUAAUAGUUUUUUCCCCAAUUUGUUUUUAUUUUUCUUCAUCUAAGCUGAUACACGAUAAUAUUUAAAAAACGAAAAGACAAAAAAAAAUCAUAAAUAAUAAUAGUAAUAAUAAAAAUCGCAUGUCUAAAUCAUAUCGACUCCCUCGACUGUUUAUGAUUUCGUACCAUUCGAAUUUAAUACGAUAGCAUCGUGCAAUGCAUACAAACGAAAAAAUAAAAAAAAUAAUAGCUGUCCAAUAUUUCAUCGUAUUUGAUUGCAAAAAUGAAUAAAAUCCAUUCGGAAACCAA